CCGUCUUAGUUCACGGUCGUGAACUGAAAGCCCAGACCGCGAACCAACGUUGAAACGCGCCGCAUCACUAAUCCCAGUUCAUGGGCAAUGGCCUGAGUUCACGGCCGUACGACCGUGAACUAACUCGUGUCCAGUGAAAACCAUUUGUGUUCUGGAUGCCUGAAAGUUUGUGGGAAUCGCCUUCAGUUCACAGUCUUAGUGAUCGUGAACUCACAGCCCAAACCGUGAUCUGCUGAUGUUUCCCCCGUUUGACUUGAUUUUUCGUCCUUUCGUCCAACUUGCGACUCUGGGGUUGAUUCCACCUGCCAAAGUCUGAAAAACACCAAAACAAGGCACAACCCGGCGUAAAACCAAACCUCCCGGAGUAAAAAUACUUCAAACGACUAAGCAAACUGGGGGUAAAAAGUGUACAAAUGAGCCCGAAUCAUAUUGGUUUCCUUGUCAAUCAGGUUUGAGAUCCUAGCAGAUCUAUCUAACUCAUUUGAAACUAAAUCUGGUGUGAAACUUGACUUGUUUGGUAUCCAUUUAUCAUACCAGACAUAAACAUCUUCUCCAUUGCCAACUCUCCAUCUCAAACCUUAUUGUAGGAGAUGCCUCGAGCUCAUGAGACUCCUCCACAUAAAACUUGCAUUUGGCCCCACUCUUGCACUUUUAAUAUCCGAAUUUGGGAAAUAACGAACUUUCAACAUCCUUGUAACGAAAGAUAUUGGACGAUUCAAUAUAUUCCAUACAUGUUUAGCCAGUAAUGCCUUGUUGAACGCUUUGAGGUCUCUGAAACCCAAUCCUCCCUCAUUUUUUUCAUCACAGUCUAUCCCAUUUAAUUCAACUGAUUUGACUCUCCUCCCUUUUUUGCUCCCACCAAAAGCUUGUGAUCAGAUUUUGAAUCUCAUCCAGGAUUUCCUCUGGAACCUGGAAUACCAUCAUAGGGUAAAUAACAUGGGCCCGAGCCACCGACAUAAUGAGCACUUCCUUCGCAACUUAUGAUAUAGUCUUCGCUUUCCAAUCUUUUAGUUUAUUUCUGAUUCUUUCUUUGAAACCAACAAAUAUAACUUUCUUUGAUCUCCCAAUAAGAGUAGGUAGUCCAAGAUACUUUUCAUGCUUGUCCACUUCCUUUAUUUCCAAAAUGUUGCAUAACUCUUGUCUUCUAUUUUUAUUGACUUUUUUGUUGAAAUUUAGCUAUGACUUAGAGAAAUUUAUUUGUUGUCUAGAUUCUCUCUCGUAGGUUCUUAUAAUCCAUCUGAGUUUUUCACUCUUCCUUUGUGGAUUUGGCGAAGACCACACUAUCAUAAGCAAAAAGCAGAUGGGAGACCUGUAGUGCUCUUUUGCUGAUUUUAAUUCUAUGUAGUCACCUCUUCCCUCUGCUGAUCUAAAUAAAGUUGAGAACCCUCUGCACAAAUCAUAAAGAGAUAGGGGGAAAGAGGAUCACCUUGUUUAAUCUCUCUUGUGGGUCGGAAAUCACUAGAUCUGUGUCCUUUAACCAGUACCGAGCACGUCACUGAUGAUAUACACAUCAUGAUUAAAUUGAUCCAUAUCUCAUGAAAUCCCAUUUUCCUCAUAACCUUUUCCAAAAAACUCAAUUCAACCCUGUUGUACGCUUUAGUUAUAUCUAGUUUUGCUGCAAAAAAAACCCUUCUUAAUAUUGCAGCAGUCCUUCAUGUGAUUGAAACAUUCGAAAGCUGCAAUUAUGUUGUCUGUAAUAAAUCUCCCUGGAACAAAUGCACUUUGUUCUUCACUGAUUAUCUUUGAAAGUAUGGCUUUGAGCCUGUUUGCCAAAACCUUUGAAUUCGGCUUGUAGAUUACCUUACAUAGACUUAUUGGUCUAUAUUCCUUCGGUUCGGUCGGAUUUUUAACCUUAGGAAUUAGAAAAAUACGUGUGUGAUUCAACUCUUCCGAGAGAUAGCCAUUUUCGAGGUAUCCCAAAACUGCAUUUGUGAUUUUUGGUCCCACAACCUCCCAAUUUCUCUUAAAGAAAAUGGCUGAAAAUCCCCCAUUUGCAUCAAGGCUUUCUCCCCCUCCUACGCUUUGAAAGGAGCCAACAAAAGGUUGUUCAUUUUUGCUAAUACUCGUUCUUGAAUGGCAUUGAUCACUUCAUUUGAUUCUGCCUCUGCCUCUGGCCCUUUUAGGUAUAGAUCCUCUAAAUAUCUGUUGAUAACCUCCAUAACCUCAUUUUGACCUCUGUAAAUUCUGCCCUGUUGUCCUUUUAGUUUCUUAAUAGUAUUUCUCUUUCUUCUGGCUUAUCAUGGAAGAACUUUGUGUUUUUGUCUCCUUCAUUGAUCCAUUCUACUCGAGAUCUCUGUCUCCAUUUGCAUUCUUCUUUCCGUAACAGAUAUGUUUUUCUGCCAAUAGGGAUCUCUUUUGUGCCAUAACUGUAUUCGUCUUCGGGCUUCUCCUUAACUUUUUUAGUUUUGUCUCUACAAACUCCAACCUUCUCUUUAUACUGCCGAAAUUUUCUUUACUCUAGCUUGUCAGCUCUUGUUCACAACUAUUCAGAAUAUGAAGAAUAUCAUCAUUCCUUCCUCUAUUCCAAACUCUUUCUACAACCUGCUUACUUUCUUCUUCUUUUAACCAGAAUGGAUCCACAUUGAAAUACCACCCCCACUUUAUUUCCUCUUCCUCAAAGCCUUUGGCGUCCAACAAUAUUGGGUAGUGAUAAGAUCCUUCCCACUCAAUCUGAGGCACUUUGGAAAGGUAGAACUUAUUUUUCCAUUCCAAAGUAGCAAAACACCUGCCAAUCCUUUCUUCAAUGUAUGCCUCUCCAACUCUAUUAUUUUUCCAAGUAUAGGGGUAGCUUUCAAAACCAUAGUCCAGAAGUCCACAACAUUCAAGAGAUUUUCUAAAGAGUCUGGCCAUUUGUUCAUCUAUUUGUCAGAACCAAAGUAUAGGGGUAGCCUUCAAAACCACAGUCUAGAAGUCCACAGCCUUCAAAACCAUGGCCUGAACUUUUCACAUAAUAAAUAUCCUGACCAAACUUUUCGAUCUAUAACAUCAUGACCCAAACUAUGCAUCAAAGUUACGAAGUUGGCCAAACCCUAGUAUUGAUCGUUAUGUUUAACGAUCAACCUGCCAAGUCAACAUAAAAAUACUUAAAAAAUCACUAAAUUUCACAUAUUAUGUAAUUUUGAAUUAUUAUAAUAAAAUUAAAAAGAAAAAUUAAAAUUUCAAAAAAAAAGAAAGAAAUUAAAUCCAUCCAUCUCAUCUCCCCCUUCCACUCCCUGCUGCCGAACAACCCCGCACCACCGCCACAAUGGCAAUCGCCGGCGGGAACACCAGUACGUCCACCAUCAUUUUGAACGUUUGUCUCCUCACCACCUUCUCGAACAAGAACUCGGUUAGGGUCAGCAGAAGCCCGUACCCAACGGGUGCCUUGACCGUGCAGAGAAAUCUGAUCGCAAAAUUGUGCCUCGAGGAAUCGGAUUGGGACGAUUCGGCGGAGCUUGGGUUUGCAAAGACAAGGAGAAUUGGGGAAAAAGUGACUAGAUCUAGGGAAUUGAGGAUGCAAACGAUGAUUUUCUGGAAAUUGUUUAAGAAGGAGAAGAGGGCAUUGAACCUUAAUUGUGACGCGGAGAUUAGGGAGUAAGUUGACACUGAGGAUAAACCAAGUCCGCCACGUCCAUAGUUUUAGACUCGAUUUUAGGGUUUUUUAUCAAUUCAUUUCUCCUCGAGCUCCUCUUCUUCCUCACCGUUUGUUGAAAUGGCUUCUCGGGGGUGGAAUCAAACUUGAGAGAUAGAUGAUGAGAGGAUCGGCAUGGUGGUUCGACAGUCUGCGGAGUCUGCUGGGUGAGGAAGCUUGACGUCGGAGGGAGAGGAGACGAUCGUUUUGGAGACUUGAAGUUUUUUGCCGAGGUGUUCGAGUUUCAGCCAUUGAAGCACUAGGGUGUUUGGGACCGUGUUUUAGUUGCAUGGACAUGGUUUUUGGCAUUUUGUUUUGCAGAAAUGGGAGAGAAGGAAACAGAAGGUGGUCUCAUAAAACAUUCCAUAUAGG